UAAAAACGCGGCGCCGCAUGAGGCAAUAGAAUGUUGGAUGCGCGAUAAUAUCGAUCACCACCUCUUUCUGCGUCCGUGUGCCUGUAUGUGAGGUGGGCUUAGAGAUAAUCGCAGCCCAUAAUCUUUCGUCGUCCAUGGACUCCAAUUCACAACAAACAGGUAGUAGUCCUCCUGCUAAACCUUGGGAACAAGCCGGGACCUCAUCAUCUGACCCUACACCUUUUAAACCAUCAACGCCUGGCAGCACCAGUGAUGUAGUUGAGGCAUCUGGAACAGCAAAACCCGGUGAAAUUGUUUCAGCUGCUGAUAGGAAUACAAUUGUGAAUAGAAAUUCUCUUGGUAGGCCUGUACCGACUAGGCCAUGGGAGCAGCAAACAAAUAGGAGCUUAUAUGGAGGCUAUGGCUCUGGCCUAAAUUAUAAUUCUGGAUAUGGUUCUGGAAUGUAUGGUUCUUCAUAUGGUGGAUUUGGAGGGUCUUAUGGCGGUGGCUUGUAUGGAAACAACAUGUAUAGAGGAGGUUAUGGUGGUCUAUAUGGAGGCAGUAUGUAUGGUGGGGGAAUGUACAAUAGUGGUUUUGGUGGUCCAAUGGGUGGUUAUGGAAUGGGCACGGGCCCAUACGGUGAUCAAGAUCCGAAUAAUCCCUAUGGUGCUCCAUCAUCUCCUCCUGGCUUUUGGAUUUCUUUCCUUCGAGUGAUGCAAGGUGUAGUGAACUUUUUAGGCCGGAUAUCAAUUCUGAUAGACCAGAGCACCCAGGCUUUUCACAUGUUCAUGACAGCACUGCUUCAGCUCUUUGAUCGCACUGGCUUAUUGUAUGGAGAGUUAGCCAGAUUUGUUUUGAGAUUGUUGGGAAUCAAAACAAAGCCCAGGAAGGUUCAAGGACCAGGACCUGAUGCACUUCCUACUCCUCACAAUCCCCACGGGAAUCAUAACUACAUCGAGGGUCCUAAGGGUGGUCCAAGCGGCGCAUGGGAUAAUGUAUGGGGAGACACUGCUAGCAAUUAAGCUGGGAAUUUGCAAUUGACAAAAUAGGAAACAAAAUAGAAUUGAAAGGUAUGGUAUGCAAGGAGUUUCAAUGGAUGCAAAGGUGCUUGGUUUGGCUUGCUAAAUUGCAUCUGCUCUGUUUGCUUGAAAUAAAAAUCUCUCGAGAGACCGGCAGCAUCCAACAUUUGUGCCAAAAUCUUCCGGCUGACUUUGUACCAAGGUCUCCCUAAUGUAGAAAGGGGAAGAUAUCACAGUGACCCACUAAAUGUUGGAAAGAAGAGAUGUUUUGAUGAUUGGAAACUUUAUAUUUGAAUAAAUGAAUUAUCAUUCGGAGCAAAGACUGAUAGGCUUGUGUGCCUUUCAAGUGAGUCAUGUAUUCAAAGCAAGUUAUAUACGAAGGAUAGUUGGAGCAGCUUCGGAUUUCCUGCAUCUUGUUAUGUUACUAAAAUGGAAAUGUUCUGUUGAAGUCGUGUCCAGGCUAACCAAGCAUGGGGUGCAGGGAAUGAGGUAGAAGUGAGAUACUGUUCUAAGUCUAGUACUCUCAGGGACAUAUCAGCACCAUCAAUGGGUUUUGUAGUCCCCUUGGGAGGAUGAAAUGAACGUCAAGAGCUUUGUCAAGCUUACUUCCUUUACCCCACCGCCCAUGGCUCUCUGGUUUGCAUGCGAUUUCUUUGGAUCUUGUCUCAACUCGCUGGCAUCACUGGGCAUAGGGGACUCACUAAUCCGGUUGAGCCUUGCAUGUCCCCUACGCUUCCCUCGUCUUUAUAGAUCCUGGUGGCGGUACUUUGUUGAUAUCGACGAUCCUCAGCUGCGCGAUUAUGCUUCUUGCCUAGUUAGGAUUUUCCAGUUUUGGGCUUCGGCCAUUUGGUGGUCUGGAUGUAUAGGAUCCCUGUUUUAAGUCUCGGGUUAAUGUUUGGACUUGGUCUUCAUCUGUAUGUGCUUGCUGGUAAGGCUUGUGUUUUAAGUC